AUGACGCAUCGUUUGGGUCGUGAAAAAAUCCUGCGGGAAUUCGAACUGUCCGAAGGAGAACUCGAGGAACGUGGUAAAUUUGAUGUUCAAAAGUACAAUGGCGCUAGAAAUCGACAACUACAGGCCCAUGGCGAAGGUAGAGCGAAAUUGGUUAAUGGUUCUCGAUAUGAGGGACACUUUCGAAAGGGAUUACCGCACGGCAAGGGGCGUCUGUUUAUCAGAGACGGCUAUCAUUAUGAUGGUGGUUGGCGUAAAGCUCUCAGGCAUGGAAUGGGACGAAUGCAUUAUCCGGACUGUUCUUGGUACCAGGGAGAGUUUCGUAAAGAUUUGCGUCACGGUUGUGGCAAUUACUAUUAUCCGAACGGGGCUCAAUACCAAGGGAACUGGUUCAAGGACCAACGGCACGGAGUCGGAUGUUACACGUUCAGUGAUGGUAAUAUUAUGCUGCGAGGUACCUGGAUCGAAGGUGUUGCUCGAGGUCCCGCAGAGGUGGUUAUGGAGGAUUGUCGUUUCCAUGGAUACUGGGAAGGAGAUUUUCCUAGAGGGCCAGGAUAUUUCAGUUUCGCGGCAAAGAUUAUGGUCAAGGGUAAGUUUUAUAUCGACGAGAGAGAAGGAGGCGAAACAAGAACACUUAUAUGGAAACCAGAAGCGUUUGAAAAUUACGACUACUCAAAGUUACCUUUAGAGCCUAUCCCAUUUCCAGUGGAACAAUCAGACAUUUCGGAAACUAGCUCCUCUGACGAGGACGAAUGUCUUUCUCUCGAAUCUAGCAUUGUAUUGAGCGAAUAA